UGAGUAUCCUCGAGUGUGCUCCUCUGUUUUAGGAGAAACAUAUCUCGGACCCGUUACCGCGAGUGGGAUCUCUCCUCUCGCCGGCGACAGCCCCUGAAUAUUCCUGCCGCGAUCCUCUUAUUGAAUUCAGAAGUGGCAACGGUGGCAAUGGCAACCUGUAAACUGAACCUGGCAACCUUGCCAUCAUCGCCAUUUUGAUUAUAGAAUUUGUUCUUUUUGGAAGAUUCGAAAAGUGUUAUCGUUUUAAUUCUCUACUUUAGGUGUAUAUUUCCUUUAUCAGCGCUGAUUGAGCGUACUCUCGAGUGUAUCAGUGUAGUUUCUUACGGUCAAAAAUAUCCAGGAACAGAAACAUGUCCCGUUACCGUGAGUGGGACCUCUCGUGCAAAGUGUACGUGGGCAACUUGGGCUCCUCUGCCAGCAAGCACGAAAUCGAGAGCGCUUUCGGCAAAUACGGGCCCCUGCGGAACGUGUGGGUGGCAAGGAAUCCCCCGGGCUUCGCUUUCGUAGAGUACGAAGACCCGCGGGAUGCUGAAGAUGCGGUUCGAGGCUUAGAUGGAACCCGAUGCUGUGGCUCUAGAGUUAGAGUGGAAAUGUCUAGUGGUCGUGCCAGAAGAGGUGGUGGCGGGGGUGGUGGAAGAAGGGGUCGUUAUUCCAGGUUUCAUCUUUUGUCUUUGAAAGUCGAGAUCACCGAGACGUUCUCGUUCACCGCGAUCGAGAUCGCGAAGCCGAGACUCAAGAGGGCGCUCUGAUUCCAGAGACAGACGUUGAUUGCUAACAACGAUUUCACAUCCUUUACAUUUUUAUUUUUCGCUGGAUAUUCCGAUUCUUUAUUACCUACAUUUUACUUUAAGUACAUAUAUGUUUUUUUUUAAUCAUGAAGCUUUUUGGUUUUUAUUAAAACUGAAUUGGUAGGUAGGUAUACAUGUAUGGAUAUUGUAUUUGACGAUUAAACUGAUUUUUUAGUUUGA